UCUUGUACAAUUUUGUUUAUGACAUGUGACAUUGAAACCAAUGAAAAUUGAAGCAUUAUUUUAAUUUAUUGUAGAUAUUGUUGUUGUACUUGUUUUUUUGAUCUAUAAUAAAAAUCACUUUUAUAAGUAAUCUAAAAUGCUGUGUUUACAUCGGAUGUCAGCAACUGUUCGACGGAUAGUACUAACUCAACCAUUACAUACGACAGCAGCACAAUAUGAAGCUCAGAAUACAGAAAAGACUAUCAAUCAAGUCACUUUAUUGGGACGAGUUGGUGCCGAUCCUCAGAAACGUGGAUCUGAGGAGCAUCCAGUUAUAAAUUUUCCACUCGCAACUCACUUCAGCUAUAAAUAUGAGUCAGGUGAUAUAUUACAGCGAACUGAUUGGCACAGAGUCAGUGUUUUCAGACCUGGACUUCGUGACACUGUUUACAAAUAUUUAAAAAAAGGCCAAAGAGUGUAUGUCACAGGUAAAUUAUCGUAUGGCGAAGUAAAACUAGAUGAUGGACAAGUGAGAACUGCAUCAACAGUAAUUGCAGAUGAUAUAAUAUUUUUUCAGAGUCAACCUCAAAAUAGUUGAAAUCUUAAUAAAUCAUCUGUUAUUAGUAUUUAAGCAUAAGAAGCAAAUGUGAUUAAUUAUAAUUAUUUAGAUUAUA